GGGGUUCGGCCACGAAGACUGGCAGGUCCCUGGCGCUGCGGGGGCGACCAGAGGGCACAGCCGGGUUCCCACUUGCUGCCGGCCGUUGUGCGUGAGCCGCGAGAGCUCUGGUCACUGGGUUAGGGCGCGACUCGCGCAGCAAGGCUGGAAAUCUGGAUCAGGGGGCGGCGUGCCAGGCAGUCUGGUGGUUCAGCAGCAGAGCGGAAUCCACCCGGGAAGGAAACAUCUGGUGGGGAGCCGGCGGCAGCUGGGCUUGGGAGGCCGCCCCCUCAGCGCUUUCAGCUCCCGCCUUCCCGGGUCCGGAUCACGAGGAGAGGCCCGGAGGGCCUGCGUGCGCUGAGGGGGCUGCCCCGCCUCGCGGCCACCAGCUGCAACGCGGGGUUGCCUUCCCACGCGCUGGGCCCUCAGCCCUAAUACCCUCUACCUCCUCCAUCACCACCCCGCAACCAGCAAAGCAGGCCAGGGAGCGAGGCAGGCGCGGGUUUGCAGCCCGGGGGACAGGCCGCCCGGUCCGCCUGGUCUCUCGAGGUCCCUGCCAGCUCAGACCCAGCGCGGUUGCUGCCAGCUACCCCGCCCCGCACCCGCCCCGCUCCCAGCCAACGCAGGUCUAAACCGCAGUGACACUCUUGGGAUAGCUUCACCCCGUUUUCCUUUUCUUCCCAGUUUCAUGGUUUUUUAAAGAAUUGUUUUUAGCGUUUGUGGCGUUUUAGCGUUUGUGGCCAAGGAGUGCAGGAAGCGGCAGAACCCUGGCCCUGGACGCCAAUCCGGACGGAGGCGGAUGGCACCCUCACUCCUAGGGGCAUUCUGGCGUUCAGGUCGCGGGAAAAGUCGCUGGGGCCCCACGACCAUGUCCCAGCUGUCUUUUGUCCCGGGUCUGUCCCCACUCCUUCUCUGGGGAAGGGGACACCACGAGGCUGCGGAUCUGGAAAAGGGGGCGUGUAACCUCCACGGACUGAGUCCCCGAAGACUCGUUUGGAGCCAAGAGCGCCAACGGACAGACUUACACUAUGUCCUGCUUCUGGCCCUGGGCGCCCAGCGGCUCCUAGUCCGGCAUUCUACACCGCGCGAAGGACAAGGACUAGGGGGCCUGACCCGGCCGAGUUCCCAGCGCCCUUGUUUCUGAACCAGCCGAGGCCAAAGAGAGCUGCUGAGUCCCAAUAGGCUGCAGCUCGUGCGUGAACUCAGACCGCAUCGCCUUCACCCCCAGAGGCAGGCAGAUUCGUUUACCCCAGACCUCUUUGGCCACGGGGUCCCGCCCCCGGAGCCGGCCGGGAGCUGAGCUGCAGGCGCAGCCCCUCCUCCCCGUCAGGCUCAGAUUUCGACCCAGGAUUAGGUGAACUGAUUGGGGUUAAUGAGAGCGACGCAGCGGACAGCUAGCUCCCCCGGGGCUUGCGCCCGAACCCCGCUUUCUGGCUACUGCCAGUGCAGCCUGAGCCCUCUGGAGUCUUAUUUGUCCUCUAAACUGUCGGUGCACCUCGGACUUGGGACACCCCGCAUUUCCCAGUCAGCUUGCGCGGAUCGGGCUCCACUUCCCUAGGACAAGAUUUUUGGUGACAGAACGGAAAAUGCCUUUUCCCGGGACCUGGUUUCCAAGGUUAGGUCCUAUCGUCUGGGGUGUCGUGACGCGGCUCCGGCCUGUGCCCGCCACACUCGCGGCUCCGGGGCCAACUGUUUCCCCACGUGGGGCAUGAGUGAGGGGCGAGUGGGAUCACCGGAUGCGAGUUUCUCCCGGGGCGGGGGUUGAUCCUCGGCCACUCCCCUCACCUUCCUGUCCCUCUGCGCUCCCGCCUCCCUUCUCAGGCCUCUGCUGCCCCCGGUCCCUCCGCUGCUGUCCCCUCAACCCCGCCCUUCAGUGCUGUCUAGUGCGCGCCGCUCCUGCCCCCCUUUCUCUCCAGGCUGUAGCGGGCUCCUGAAGGUCUUGGCUCCUUGCCCCUUCCGGGUCCUCGACCACUGACGCAUCCCCGGCCCCUAAACUGAUACGCGCGUCUCCACCCUCCCUUCCUGGCCGUAAAGCAGAGCCAAGCAGGUCGAGUUGGGGUAACCGAUCCGCCGGGGACUACCACUCUCCGGAGAGUUUGAUUGCGGGAACUGGCUUUGCUAGGGAAGGGGAGGGGCUGGGGGCGUGGGCAGGGCAGAGGAAAGGGGCCUAAGCCGGGCCCCAGGACAGUUUUUGCCGCUGAGCUGUGGCAGUGGCGGCGGCGGCAGCGGGCUCGCGCCACCUGUCCGAGUGCCACCUGGUCUCUGCCGGGCUGGAGCUGAGCAAGCGCUCGGAGUGACCGUGGGCUGACGGCUGCUCCAGGGACCCUUGGAGCGGAGUGGGGAGAGCGCCAAGCCACCAUGCCGCGCUCGUUCCUCGUCAAGAGCAAGAAGGCUCACAGCUACCACCAGCCGCGCUCCCCAGGACCAGACUAUUCCCUCCGUUUGGAGAAUGUACCGACGCCCAGCCGAGCAGACAGCACUUCGAGUGCAGGCGGGGCUAAGGCGGAGGCCCGGGACCGUUUGUCCCCUGAGUCGCAGCUGACCGAGGGCCCCGACAGAGCCUCCGGGUCCCCAGAUAGCUGCGAGGGCAGCGUCUGCGAUCAGAGCUCGGAGUUUGAGGACUUCUGGAGGCCUCCGUCGCCCUCCGUGUCUCCAGCCUCGGAGAAGUCGCUGUGCCAGUCGCUGGACGAAGCCCAGCCCUUCCCCCUGCCUUUCAAGCCGUACUCGUGGAGCGGCCUGGCGGGUUCUGACCUGCGGCACCUGGUGCAGAGCUACCGGCCGUGCGCGGCCCUGGAGCGUGGUGCGGGCCUGGGCCUCUUCUGCGAACGCACCCCGGAGCCGGGCCACCCGGCCGCGCUGUACGGCCCAGAGAGGGCUGCGGGCGGCGCGGGGGCUGGGGCGCCGGCGAGCUGUCGCGCAGGGGGCGGCGCCGCUGGCAGCGCGGGCUUGGGGCUCUACAGCGACUUCGGGCCCGCGGCGGCCGGCCUGUAUGAGCGGUCGACAGCAGCGGCGGGCGGGCUGUACUCAGAGCGCGGCCACGGGCUGCACCCGGACAAGGGCGCGGGCGUCAAGGUGGAGUCCGAACUGUUGUGCACCCGCCUGCUGCUGGGCGGCGGCUCCUACAAGUGCAUCAAGUGCAGCAAGGUGUUCUCCACUCCGCACGGGCUCGAGGUGCACGUGCGCAGGUCCCACAGCGGCACCAGACCCUUUGCCUGCGAGAUGUGCGGCAAGACCUUCGGGCACGCGGUGAGCCUGGAGCAGCACAAAGCCGUGCACUCGCAGGAAAGGAGCUUUGACUGUAAGAUCUGUGGCAAGAGCUUCAAGAGGUCAUCCACCCUGUCCACACACCUGCUCAUCCACUCAGACACCCGGCCCUACCCCUGUCAGUACUGUGGCAAGAGGUUUCACCAGAAGUCAGACAUGAAGAAACACACCUUCAUCCACACGGGUGAGAAGCCCCACAAGUGCCAGGUGUGUGGCAAAGCAUUCAGCCAGAGCUCCAACCUCAUCACCCACAGCCGCAAGCACACAGGCUUCAAGCCCUUUGGCUGUGACCUUUGUGGGAAGGGCUUCCAGAGGAAGGUGGACCUCCGGAGGCACCGGGAGACACAGCACGGGCUCAAGUGAGCACCUGGCUGGCUGCGAGCAGCAGCUACACAACACUACAGAGAGCAUCCUCCCCGCUUGCCGCCACCCCCUUCCAACUUCUCAGGCCCCCCAGGUCCAGUCUGCAGAUCCCACCAGGGUGCUCCUUUGCCUUAUUUCCUGGAGCUGCCAGAGGGGAUGAGGUAACUUUUCAAAGUUCAGCCCAGAGUGGGAACAAAGGACUUACUGGGCUUUGGACACAAAUAAGCUCCUCCACACCUGAAUAUGCAAAGUCAAGUGGGAAUCAGAUGAAGUCUUGGGCGCCACAGUCCUUCACAUUCCCAACCCUGCUCCACCAACAGGAAGGUCCUUUGGGUUUCUUGCCUCCACCUGGUCUACCCCAGACACUUGUGUGGAAGAUGAGGGAUCACUAUUUACAAUGGGAACACAUGCUAAUGUUUUUAUGUAGAAAGAAGAAGGAGUGUUGUUUUUCUUUCUUUCCUUCUGGGGAGUUGGUUGACCCUUUUCUUUUGGGUACUGCCUGUAAAUCUUGGAGGAAUCAUUUCUCCUCCUCGAAGACUGCUUCAGAAACUGAUUUGGGGAAGGAAUUGAAUACUUUUGAAAUCACAAGAUGCACUGUCAAGCCUGUCCCAAGAAGGAGCAGAAGAAAAGUGGACUUGGUGACGAGAGAGCAUUAGAGGGCUGCCCUACAGGAGGUAAAAGCCCAGAGCAUUGGCUGUGGGUCACCAAGGUACCAGGCACCAAGCUAGGUACCAGGGAGCAGAGAUUAAAGUCACAACCCCUGCCCCUCAAAAGCUAACGGUUGCACCUCCAACUGGCUAUAUCUGUUCUUUCCCUCAGAGGGAGUUCUGAGAAGACAACACAGGGUCUUGAGCUUUCCCUUUGACUCUUUUGGAUUUUAUCAAAUGUAAACGAAAAGUAGCUGAUCAGUGACUUCAAAGAUUUAUUUGUAUAUUCAGUUUUUUAUUGUUAAGCUGAUAUUUUUAAGAUGUCUGAGCUAGCAGGCAUGUGGGUGAAGCCUCUGUCUUCAACUCUGACCCUCCAUGUGAACCACAGAGGGAAAAAAGUGGUAUUUUUACUCUGAUGAGGUUUGUAAAUGUUUUUAGAUCUUCUGGAGUGCAUUAUGUUUGUUAAUACAUAUUUAUUAGAGUGACGUUUUAAGUUAAUAAAGUGUUAAGACUA